CUUAGAGCCUAGAGCCCCCCCAAAAAGCAAAAUCCUCUUUCCCCUCUCUCUUCUCUAUUCUAUCUACUUAAUUUCCUUCACCACACUACUCCAUUUUUUUGCAUCACCCUUAGACUUAGUUUCUGUUCUGAAACUACCAACUGCCACCAUUUCCAAGGAAAAAAAAGUUCAGGUUUUUAGCAUACCCAUCAUCACACAAUGUCCAACAAGUCCCCAGUUUUUCCCAUGCCAGACCCCCAACACUUCAGUGACUAUGGUUUUGACCCCCAAAUCAACUAUUUUCAGGUAUUGGAAGAAGCCAUGAAGCACAAGCGUGAAACAACAAGAUCCGUAGACUCCAUACACUUCAAGCUUCAAAAGCCCAUUUCCAAGGAUGAUUCUAGGACUAAGGUUCACAAGUCCAAGAAGAAACGCUGGUGGAAAAACGCUCUUCUCUUCUUCAAAUGGAGGUGGACCCACACCCACCACCACCACCACAACCACCACCGUGAUCACCACCAUGACAACAACGACGUUCACCAAGUCAGGGCUCGGGCCUUCCGGGCCUCUAUCUCAGGCCCGGUUUAUUUGACCGAGAGUAGAAGUGGGUCCAGCACACCUUACCGGACCACUAGCCGGCCAUCUUCCGGUCCACUCGCCGGAACUUUAACGCCGCCGGUGAAGGGUGACGUUGACAUACCUUACUUGAGUCUUAGGGAGCUCACCAUGGAACAACAACAACAAUUGCAGCAGAAUCAGAGGAUGUCUACCUCAGCCAUGCCCGUAUACUUGGUCACUUGAACCAAACGCAAUUCACAUGUACACUUUUACAUGUUACCAUUUCUACAAAGUGAAAUGGUUGUUA